AUGGCUGAAAAGAAAACGUCCCUUCGCGUUCUCUACACAAUCAACAGCUCCGUCCAGUACAUUCUUGCACGGUCUUACGCCCCGGUGUCUGUGGCAGUCAUCCCACCGGUUGAAGAUGACAACUCAGUGUUAUCUUCGACUGUCUCCAAGUUGGAACCUCUUUACGCUAGUGUAUCCCUCAAGACUUGUCUUGACACCAUCUGCCGGUCAAGUCCAGAGUUGACUAUAGUAGGCAACACAAGGGACUUUUCGGUCUACGUCUUGGAUCCGUUGGAGUCGAACUCAGCUCCACCACCGGUAUGCAUCACGAAUCCAAAUGGAGACACUAUACCCUCUGCGUCUCCUCCAGACCACCCGAGAGGAGUGGCUGUGGGACUAGGUUUGAUGUCGUGGGCCCUGAUGGAGGAUGAGAAGGAGCAGGCGACCGUGGUGGGCACCUUGGUAAAGCAAGGCACACGACAGGAGGCUUUGGAGGUUAUUUUCUCUUUGCGCGAGACGGCAGGAAUGAAGAAGCCGCAUUGGGGUACCUCUUUGACAUCCUCACAACCGCCUAGCUCUCAAGAAAGCGUCUCGAGCUUUAGUUCAAGCCAGGGAGAAGUGAGCACUUCGAACCUUGAGGGGUCCUCAUCCUCUCGGCAAAGUGUGGCACCGUCAAUACCAUCCCACCCUAACCCCUCUUGUCAUGACGAGGCUACGCGUGAGACAUUGGCAUCUAUUCAACAGCGCAGUCGACCCAAGACCAAACCGCUCAAGACAGUCAGGCCGUCCACUGUCCCUGUGACUGGGUCGGACAAACUGAUGGAUGCUGAUACGUAUAUUGGGCCCACGAAGAAGAAGGGCAGACCGAAAACCACGAAUGCAGAACCCAAACCUUCACCUUUUCGACACAAUGCCAUUGCCUCAGGUUCAGGCUCGAUUAAACCGGAGGUCAUUGUCAUUGACUCGGAUGGCGAAGGUGAGGGCAGGGCUCCGGUUCUGACACCCGGCGUCCAACCAUCAUCCAGUGAAGUGACGGCGAUAUCCACCAAGAGCAAGCGUAGCAGGCAGCAUCCAGUCACCCCACCUUUUACGACUGACCCUCUUGUGCGGUGCUCUCUUCAACCUUCGGAAAUUUUCGUCCAAGUCAAAAUCGAGCCGGAAGAAUCUGUUCUCGAUUUACGUCCGCUUCUCUUGUCGAAUCACGGCGUGACGCCUGAAAACUUCGAAUAUCUUUCAAUAUUAAGCUCAAUGGAUUCGGCAGACCCUCAUUUCUUUGACAAGAGGUGCCAAGAUCCUGGCGUUGCAUACUUAUUGAAGCAGUUCGUUGCAAAUUUCCGCGCCACACAUGCUGCAUCUAUGACUGUCGCAUCUGUAUCGACACUAUCAGCUCCACCGCCAUCGUCCCGCAGCCCCCAGGAGCGCCGCGGUUCUUCCUCGAGCUCCCAAAGCGACAUCAUUAUCUUGGAUAAGGAGAAUGUUGACCCUGUAGCUUUCAAGAAGCCUGCUGGGAAGGACUCCUACGAUGGUGUGUUUUCGGAUCCAGCUAUUCCAACGGUUCCUCUAUCAAGGCAGAACUCUCGUUCUGAUCGUUCCAAGGGUUUGGGUGGCACAUCCCGGUCGAACGGACUACAGUCUGCGAUGGUUUCCACAAACCAGCCUACCCAAACUUCUCGAUUUGGCCGCAAGCGCACUUUAAGCGACACGAUGGAUGAGAAAGAGCGGCGAAAUAAAGGCAAGCAAAGGGAUCGAGGGGUAAGACGUGACGAUCAUAGGUAUUCAAGUUCACAACUUCCACAACCGUCUGCUUGCACCGACGCGUUGAGACACUAUCCACGGUUUCGCGAUUCGGACCAACCACGGGUCGAACAACCUUCCAAUUAUUACCGAACGCCGUUGGAGUCUUGGACUUCUCCCCCUCGACUAUCACCUGAAGGAGACCAUGAAGCGGAAAAUGCAUCACGAGAACUGUCGCGCUGUACAUCUCCUAUCAGACCACCUGCUCCCCAACUACCAAGAGUAUCAGCGUCCUCGCCCGUCCGUGCACCAAGACAAAACAUUCGCAAAGGGUACAGUGUCCCAGCGUGGGCUGUAACGGAUACAGCAACUCAACCAAGACUGUCGGAAGAUGCGCAGCGUUCACUAGCAGAACUCGCAGAGAAGAAGAAACAAGAAAAGCGAGAGAGAUCGAAGCUGAAAAGGAAUCGUUCAAGCAGCGUGGUGCAGGCUAGCAUGAGACCCCCAGACCCUCCUGUUCCGCGAGUCCCCAAACCAGCUGAGCCACUUCGUGGUCCAAUUGCAGCGAGCAAUGCUGGCCCAUUAAUCGCGUCAACCACCAUUGUCUUCCCCAUAAUUGCGUCUUCGCGCCCUUCAUCACCUCCACCCAAUCCUAUCACCAUCCCCAAAACUCCGAAGACGCCCAUGAGAACUCGGAGUGUUCGGGCUACACCUGGAGGAGAAAACGACUCUUUGUUUACGCCAGGGCCAGCCAGUGGCAGUCUUUUCGGCAGCGCAUAUUGUCGACACUCUCCUCAGGGUUCUCCUCCGUCGUAUCUAACUUCGCCUCUUGGAAAUCGCAAGAAACAAAGGUUGUCAUCAUCGAGUGAUCGGUCUCCGAAACCUUUAACAUACCUAGCUGAUUUCGAAGACCAACAAAAAAUGAAACCAACACCAGAGCGAGAAGCAGAAGAUGCCCUGGAUGAUCUGGCUUGUCCACCAGACUCAUUGCCCAUUGCCAGUAGUGAUAUCGAUAUUGAUGUUCCGCAGCAAACUUCAGUGGAUGAGCAGACGUCCGUGGAUGACGACCUAGAUCCAACAACACCUGUAAAACAGCACUGGCCUGGCCUCCCACCUUCGUCUCCACCACCUCCGUCUAGUCCUAUGCUUCAACCCGAGUCGGAUGAUGAAAUGGCAGAAGUUCCAAUAGCGACCUCCGAUAGCGAGGCAGACGCCGACAUGAGCAACUUCGAGUGGGAUGCGACAUCUCCAACAGGCAACAGCCCUCCCUACUCUAACGACCAGUUAACGAUCCCCAUGGACAACGAAAUAUUCUCUUUCUUCUCGACGGAUGGCCCGUAUCAGUCUCUUGACCAACACAUCGCUUUCCCAAGCAUGGACCUCUUUGAACAAUAUACACACCUAAAUGCACAAUCCGACGACUUGCAGGCUUUCGCUGUGCCUGCCGAUUCGAACUUGGGAGAGGCUCUUGGAAAUGGCCUGGGUAGCUUGGAUUUUAGUGAAGUUUUCAACAUCAUCGGGCCUCUAGUCGAGAAUAACAUCCAUCAGCCUCCUCAAUCGACCAAUGAUGAUUUGUCUCCUCUGGCUGAAGGCAACAAUAAUUGUCUUCCUCCUUUUGGAGAAGUCGACAUCGACCAUGCCAAAUUCUCCGCAGACAUGCACGCACUCUUGGGAGGUUGCGUGUUGUAA